GUAGCGAGUUCUCGCUGCUUCGCUCGCGGUCCGGCGCGCGCUUCUCUUCCCUCUCCUCCUGUUGUUAUUGUUGUUAUUGUUAUUAUUUCAUCCCUUAGAGAUUUCCCCGUGGUUCUUAACCCAUUCACUUCAAUGAAUAGGCACAUUGCGCAAUUCUGCGGUGUUCUUGGUCGCACAUUUAUGGAGUUUGUGAAGGGACGUGGCGAGUAUUGCCAGGCUCAGCACGAGGUCUUUGCAGACAAGUGA